AUGACGGCGUCUUGCGAGCCGCGCAGGGCACCUCCCCGCCGCCCCGAGAGUCCCUUUUCUUCUUGGUGCUUCGUGGGGAUAAUUUUGGUGGCCCUAGUGCUCCGUUUACCCACAUCCUUAGGUGACUGUAGAAACCCACCAUUUUUCGAGUCUAUGACGUUAAAGGGCACCCCUAAAGCUUCAUAUUUACCUGGGGAGAGAGUAUAUUAUGAGUGUAAUAAAGGAUACGUUUAUUCAUAUUAUUAUCCCCUAAGUACCUUUUGUGAGCAAGCUGGCACAUGGUAUCCUGCUGAUGAAGCUUGUUACAAAAAAAAAUGUCCAACUCCAAAAGUCCCAAAUGGUGAAGUAUAUGAUCCACAAAUAACCUUUGAAUUUGAUAAAGAAGCUCACUUUUAUUGUAAUUAUGGCUAUUACUUAAAAGGUGCACAAAUUCUAACUUGUCAACUUUCUGGAGACAAUGUGUUUUGGAACUAUGAUAUCCCCACAUGUGAAAAGAUUUUGUGUAAAUCGCCUGGAAAAAUAAGUAAUGGAAAACACACAAAUAACUGGAGGGAUGUAUUUGAAUUUAAUGAAUUAGUAACUUAUAGUUGUGAUCCUUCAAAUGGACCAGAAGAGUAUUCACUUGUUGGAGAGAGCAAGCUUGUCUGUUCUGGGCCUGGCAAAUGGAGUAGUGACCCUCCUCAAUGUAAAGUGGUCCAAUGUGAACCACCAGUACUCAAGCACGGAAAAGCAAUAUCAGAAAUGAAAGACAAAUUUUCGUACAAAGAUGAGGUUAAAUUUGAAUGCCUGAAGGGAUUCUACCUUAAUGGCAGCAACCCAGUGUACUGUGGUGGAAACAAUACUUGGGAGCCUGAGAUGCCAACAUGUAUUAAAGGUGUCAAGCCUACUCGUGCAACCAAGCCUCCACUUGCAAAUUAUCCAGGAUAUCCCAACCCUCGUGAAUUACCAUCAAUUGAACAGAUUGUGGAAUUAGGUAUUAGUUUAGUUAUUAAUAAUUCUUUAUUAUGA